AGCUGAUACCCUCUCCCCCUCGUCGCUGACACGUCAACGCGCGCACGCUCGCUCGCCCGUUCCCGUCAAUAACGAGAAGUUUGCGGCGAUUCAGUCCGGACCCGUCGAUACGAGCUUCGAGAAGAAAUAAUCGUUGUCGUCAUCAUCAACGCCGUCUGUCGCCCUUUUCGCUGCUCUCGACUGCGAGUCGAAGUCCGAGAAUGCGUCGAGUACCAAAUUAACCUGCUCACCUGCCUGCUCAUCACCCGCCCGCCUCUUUGCGAUCAUUCGAUACACCGUGACGACGCGAUGAACACCGACGAAAUUUUGCGCAGGGUCUUCGGCGCGAGUUCCGUCAUCGAGCACACCACCGAACCCAAGGAGGAUCACCUCGCGACCACCAGAUCGUCACACAUUCUGACUCGGGUGAAUGAUUACAUUAGAAAAUCCCUGUUAAAUUACACCGAGAGCCGGAAUUCCGACGAUAACAGACAAGGUCGCAUAGGCCCCAAUAUCGUUGGAUUUGACACAUCUCUGCACCAUGGUCCCUGCAUCGUCUCUCCCGACCGGCUGAGCGUUAAUUCGCAAUGCAACUUCAGCACAAUGCGAGCCAACACUGCGGUCUUUAGAGGGAAAUGGAUGUACGAGGUGCAGCUUGGAUCCAAGGGGGUGAUGCAAGUGGGCUGGGGGACCGCUCAGUGCAAAUUCAAUCAACAGUUUGGCGUUGGUGACACCAUUAAUUCGUACGCUUAUGACGGGAAUCGCAUGAGAAAGUGGAACGUGACGACGCACAAGUACGGCGAGUCUUGGUUAACGGGCGACAUAAUCGGCUGCGCGUUGGACAUGGACGACGGUACGAUAGAUUUCUACAGGAACGGCAGGAGCCUGGGCAGGGCGUUCGAGAACGUGCCGAUGGGCGCCGGGAUCGCAUACCUCCCCACCGUCAGUUUGGCCUUCACCGAGAACCUAACAGCCAAUUUCGGCUCUAUACCCUUCAGAUAUCCCGUGAAAGGUUACCAACCACUACAGGCGUCACCGGCCGCGCAAGUCCUGCAAGCCACUCUGCUGUUCCAAUGGCUGUCUCAAGUGAUCGAAUUGUUGGAACAGUUGAAGAACACCGAUGAGCAGAAGAACGUCCUGUUCGAGGAGAAAACCAUGAGCACACAGGCGUUUCUCAUGUGUCUAGCGAGAUCCAUCUUGAAACGCAUCGGCCCGCUUCUCACCAUCCCCUACAUUACGGAAGCGGUAUUCGUGCCGUUUUUACAAGCGCUGUGCAAUCUGAACGACUGCACGCUGACAAAGUCGUCAAACUACCAUAGCGCCAAGCCGACGAUCUGCCUGGAUCUGCUGUGGACGUUCUUGGAGGAGCAGGAAAUCAAGAUGUGCUUGGAGAACACGGUUCUCCACUUGCUUUGCACAUUCAGACACGUUACCCGGCUGCUCGAGUAUCCCGAUCAGUGCAAGAGCCUGAUGCUACUGACCCGAAUCUGCCAGCACACCCUCACCCGCCAACACCUGCUGCAGUAUCUGCUGUUCGAUCGCGUGCGAUUUGCCAAUUUCGUGCACGUUAAACCAUUGGACGAGGGCGGACUGGCGGGCGUGGUAGAGAAGGUCUGGUGGAAAACUAAUCCCUUGGAUCCGGCUAUCGAGGCGAAUAAGGCCGAUUAUCUCUACGCUUGCGAGCGCAUCAAAGCUGCCAUAUCUGAGGUAGAAGCGUUACAAGUCGAAUUGCUAGUCACUCUGCUGAAUAAUACCGACGGCACGGCAAAGCGGCCGGCGUCGAGAACUAUCUUCUUAAGGAAAUUCAAACGCUUCAUUAAUGAAAACCUGAUAUCCAGUCGCACACCCUUGCCGAUCACAUUAUGUUGCUUUCAUCGACUUCUGGUUGCAUUCAGAAUUUUAUGGGACACUGAAAUCGGAACAAGCCCAGUCUAUGUGCCCUGCAGGGCGUUCUACGAUGCAUCGAUCAAUUACACUGGAAUCGACAGACUCGGUGGCGUAAUAACCCACUUAAACAAGACAUUCAAGAACGAAUUGCUACGCCUCCUAGGUCCCGAUCAUGAGGUAAUCGUUGCCAUGGAACAGAUGACAGAGGCACAACAAGCGCCGAAUGCAUACGCAGCCAUCGGCGCGGCCGCGAGACUGGCCGACCUGCCCGCGGCGAUACCCGCGUAUUCUCGCCUAAUUAACAUCAACUCGCCGAGCCAAGGUAGCUCUAUGAUACUGGAGAGAUUGGGAUUCUUCUCGCACAGUAGAGAGGACAGGACGCCGAUACGUCACGGUCCUGCGGAUCCGGCGGUGUCGCUAUUGGAAUUACUAGACGGUAUUGUCAUGUUCUACCAUGUAGCGGCGAAGAAGCAGCUAGCCAAGGUGGCAAAUCUGCGGGAUAACAUGGCCGAGUACAUAAACGCGAUCGCCGACACCAAGGCGAGGCUCGACCUCGUGAAGAAGGGAACGGACGCAACGCAGCGGGAGCUGCACCACACGAUCGGUGUGUUCGGCACGAAGCUGUCGGAGCAGGCGAGGCACAUGGCGUGGAUACGCGCGGUCGUCUACACGGAGGAGAAGCAGGCGCAGCUGGCCUGGCUGCUGCGAAUGGUCACGCUCACCCUGCAGACAGCCAGCCAGCAGGGCAACAUGCUCAGCUUCGUGCCCGACUUUUACCUGGAAGCCUUGGCCAAUCUCUGCGUCACCCUGCGUAAUCACGUGCAUCCCACCGUGCCGAUCGAGAACAUACAGGACCACCGGGAGUUGUUGCUGAACGCCGCCGACUUUCUGUGCAAUCACUUUUUGGAUCCGCGCAUAGUGCACGCAAACUCGAAGGACAUGCUGAUAUUGACGCUCGCCGGAUUCGUGUCGAACCCGUUGACGCUGGAGGCGCUGGAGAACGUGCCGCGCGACAGCCGCAUCAAGGUCGUCACGAAUCUGCUGAAGCCGUACGAGAAUCGCGCCUGGGCGCAGUCCAAUUGGGUGUUGGUCAGAUUUUGGCAAGGCAACGGCUUCGCCUUCCGUUACGAGAAGAGCCCUCAUCUGUCGAAGAAGGUCGGCCCGAAGUUGCUGCAGCAGGAGUCCAUCUCGCAGCCGAUAAAACCGUGCCCGUCUGCGGUAUACCAAGCGCACGUGAGGGACGUGCUGCUGGAGAAUCCACAGGCGACCACGCAGUUCCUCAACUCUCUGCUGAAUCAACUGAAUUGGGCGUUCUCCGAGUUUAUCGGAAUGGUGCAGGAGAUUCACAAUGUGUCGUCUAGGCCGGAGCGAGUGUUCAUUGAGUCCAGACAACUGAAGAUCUGCGCCACUUGCUUCGAUCUAGCGAUUUCAUUGCUCCGAGUGUUGGAGAUGAUCUCCACGGUGGCACUGAGUGUUUUCAACGACCCCGCGCAGUCUUCCAGCGAGACUCUGUUGGCUAGGUUGUGUCAGUUACUCUGCCAAGUGUUGAACCGGAUGAGCUCGCAGACGAGCUGUUUCCAGCACGUAGUGCUGCUAGAGAUACCGGAUCUGGAGUCGGUGGAUCAUUUUCCCAUAUUAGCCGCCGUUAUCGGUAUCCUGCUGGCACUGCUCGAGAAGGAGAUGUCCAUUUUUGCAGCGAAACCGACAGUCGAGGUGCCGAAAAUUACGCGAAGCUUACUGACAGAGCCCAGCUUCCAGACCAGUUCUCUGUACUUUGUUUUGGCUGACGCGAAAAACACGAAGGCGAAAAACGUCAAGCCGUUUUCGCUCUCGAACUACAAAGAAGACGUAACGGUGGGAGAAAUCGAACGAGUGAAAGAAAUGAUAAAGUACCUCGACACGUGUCGCACACUGUUACCCGAAUCCAAAAUGAUAAGCGACGACGACGACACUUGCACGAUUUGCUACGCAUUCCCGAUCGCCGCUACGUUCAAGCCGUGCAAUCACCAAACGUGUCGCACUUGUAUAGAUCGUCAUCUGCUCAACGCCAGGGAGUGUUUCUUUUGCAAGGCUACCAUAGACAGGGUCGAGGACCUGAGCGGGAACAUGUUGCAUGACUUCACCGACGAAUUCGCGACCUCGAAAGCGACUUCUUGAUCCAGCGACACGUGCAUCUCGAAGAUCCUGUAUAAUGUACUAAAACUCUGUUAAAAUUCCGCAAGACUCUCAUCGCGCGUGAGUACCGAACAAAACUGCCGUGUAAUCUUAACUGUAUCGACAAGAGAUUCCUUCCCCUCUGUAAAGAUUAGGAUAUAAAUCGAGAGCGGCAGAGCGAAAUGUAAAAAGAGUAUCAAAGUUUAUUUAUAUUCACAAGUGCAACAUACUUAUCGAGCACGUUAUUAUUCAACGGGAGGAAGACAUCGUUCUGAUGUUAUUUACGUAAGAGAGAGAAAAAAAAAGAAACACCGCGCGUGUGACUCGCGCGCACGAGGAGUCGAUCGGUAAAAAGGAACUUACCAAUAAAAAUGUAUAUACAUCA